AUGUACUACUCCGAGGAACUCGGCCUUGAAGGCACAGACAAGAGCUUGUGGCGUUUGAGAACUGAUGAGCUCGGUAGAGAAACAUGGCACUAUCUCCUGCCGGAAGAAGCCGAAAAGGAGCCCCAGCUGAAAACGACAAAGUACCUUUUGGAUAUGGAGUUUCCAGGCCCUGAAGCCGAAAAGGAGAUCAAGUUGCCUUUCGAGGCGGCUUCCAAAGGCCUGGAGUUUUUGUCUCACAUCCAGGAAGAUUGUGGAACUUUCGCUUGUCAAUACAAGGGUCCCAUGUUCAUGACUAUUGGGUACGUGGCGGCCUCGUACUUCACCAAAACGCCAAUUGGCGACGCCCAGCGCAAAGAGAUGAUCCGCUACAUUGUAAACACUGCCCACCCUGUCGAUGGCGGCUGGGGAUUGCACAGCGUGGAUAAGUCCACCUGUUUUGGUACUUCCAUCAACUAUGUGUGCUUGCGUAUUUUGGGUCUUUCAAAGGAUCACCCUGUUUGCGUGAAGGCCAGAAAAACGCUCCAUAGCUUGGGCGGCGCUUUGGGUAAUCCACACUGGGGAAAAGCCUGGCUUUCCAUUCUCUGCUUGUACGAAUGGGAAGGUGUAAAUCCUGCUCCUCCAGAGUUGUGGUCUUUGCCAUACUGGGUGCCUAUCCAUCCCGGCCGUUGGUGGGUCCACACACGGUCCAUCUACUUGCCAUUGGCGUACUUGAGUGCCAAUCGGUCCAAGUGUGCUUUGGAACCAUUGCUUGAAGAAAUCAGAGAGGAGAUCUACUUGCCCAGGCAAUUGCCAUAUGAGAAGAUUGACUUCUCGAAGCACAGAAACACCGUUUGUGGAGUGGACUUGUACUAUCCUCAUACCAAAAUACUCGACACGUUGAACUGGGUCGUGGUGAACUACGAAAAAUACGUCAGACCAAACUGGCUUCUCCGCAAGAGCAGCAAGAGAGUAUAUGAGCUCAUCAAGAAGGAGUGCAAGAACACAGACUACUUGUGCAUUGCACCUGUCAGUUUCUGUUUCAACAUGGUCAUCACGUACCUUGAGGAGGGCCCCGAUUCCUAUGCUUUCCUGCGUUUCUUGGACAGAAAAGACGAUGUUCUCUUCCACGGGCCUCAGGGUAUGACCGUCAUGGGUACCAAUGGUGUCCAAACCUGGGACGUGGCUUUCAUGUGCCAGUACCUUAUUGUGGCUGGCAUGUCUCGUUACGAGAAGUACCAUGACAUGAUCCUCAAAGGCUACUGGUUUUUGAGAAGAUCUCAAUUCACUGAGGAGUGUGAAGAGGGCAGUUUCAGAGACAAGAGAAAGGGUGCCUGGCCGUUCAGUACUAAAACUCAGGGCUACACUGUUUCGGAUUGUACUGCUGAAGCGGUAAAGGCCAUCAUCAUGGUUGAAAACGACGACUUUUUGGGCAGCAAAAUCCCAGAAGACCAAAAAAUCGAAAGACAGAAUCUUGAAGAUGCCGUGGACAGAAUCCUCUUUAUCCAGAAUACCGGCAGCUUCGAGUUCGGUUCGUUCUCAUCAUACGAGCAUAUCAGAGCCACACCAAAGCUUGAGUAUAUCAGCCCUGCCGAAGUUUUUAAUAACAUCAUGGUCGAGUACCCAUACGUGGAGUGUACGGACCUGUCGGUUUUAGGGCUUACUUAUUUCAACAAGUACUACCCCGAAUACAAGCCUGUGGAGAUUAACUUUGCCAUAGAUAAUGCGAUCCAGUACAUCAUCAAGGCUCAGGACAAAUACGAUGGACUGUGGUACGGACUGUGGGGCGUUUGCUUCACAUAUGCCACUAUGUUUGCUAUCGAAGCAUUGGAGACUGUUGGACAUUCAUAUGAAAACUCAAAAACCGUUCGUAAAGGUUUGGACUUCCUCAUUCGGAAACAGGAAGAGGACGGCGGAUGGAGUGAAUCCAUGAAAGCGAGCGAAACGCAUACCUACGUUCCUACAGGCCAGUCAUUGGUGGUCCAGACCUCUUGGGCUGUUAUUGCCUUGAUUCUUGGAGACUACCCAGACAGAAAACCUAUUGACAAAGCUAUCAAGCUCAUCAUGGAGAGACAAUCUUUAGCAGGCGAAUGGAGAUUUGAAGGCGUGGAAGGUGUAUUCAACCAUAGCUGUGCUAUCGAGUACCCAACAUACAAAUUUAUGUUCCCAAUCAAGGCUCUUGGAUUGUAUGCCAAUAAGUAUGGCUAUAACAAUGAGCCAGUUGCCUGA